CACAAAUGUACAGCGGUUAAGAGAGGUUUGAGGCUCACUGCUCUAGACUCUAGACCAUCCUUCCACUUCUCUGUGUGUUUCUGGGCCUUUCUCCAUCCCCCUCCCUGACACCUCACUUCUGCCUGGUCAGACUGACCCCUAGCAUGUUGGCCCACCCUCUCGGGGGACUUGGGUCUCUCACACCCCCUGUGGAACCUCAGGCUCACGCAUCAUGGGAAACGGAGGCUCAGGUGUUCUUCCGGGCAGGCACACUGGCACGGCUGGAGGAGCAGCGGGAUGAACAAACCAGCAGGAACCUGACCCUGUUCCAGGCAGCCUGCAGGGGCUACCUGGCCCGUCAGCACUUCAAGAAGAAAAAGAUCCAAGACCUGGCCAUUCGCUGUGUGCAGAAGAACAUCAAGAAGAACAAAGGGGUGAAGGACUGGCCCUGGUGGAAGCUCUUCACCACGGUGCGACCCCUCAUUGAGGUACAGCUGUCGGAGGAGCAGAUCCGGAACAAAGACGAAGAGAUCCAGCAGCUGAGGAGCAAGCUUGAGAAGGUGGAGAAGGAGCGGAACGAGCUGCGGCUCAGCAGUGACCGGCUGGAGACCCGGAUCUCAGAGCUGACAUCGGAGCUGACGGAUGAACGUAACACGGGAGAGUCCGCCUCCCAGCUGCUGGACGCGGAGACCGCCGAGAGGCUCCGGGCUGAGAAGGAGAUGAAGGAGCUGCAGACCCAGUAUGAUGCACUGAAGAAGAAAACGGAGGUGAUGGAAAUGGAGGUGAUGGAGGCCCGUCUCAUCCGGGCAGCUGAGAUCAACGGGGAAGUGGAUGAUGAUGACACAGGUGGCGAGUGGCGCCUGAAGUAUGAGCGAGCAGUGCGGGAGGUGGACUUCACCAAGAAGCGGCUCCAGCAGGAGUUUGAGGACAAGCUGGAGGUGGAGCAGCAGAACAAGAGGCAGCUGGAGAGGCGGCUUGGAGACCUGCAGGCAGAUAGCGAUGAGAGCCAGCGGGCCCUGCAGCAGCUCAAGAAGAAGUGCCAGCGGCUGACAGCCGAGCUGCAGGACACCAAGCUGCACCUGGAGGGCCAGCAGGUCCGCAACCACGAGCUGGAGAAGAAACAGAGGAGGUUUGACAGUGAGCUCUCGCAGGCACAUGAGGAGGCCCAGCGGGAGAAGCUGCAGCGGGAGAAGCUGCAGCGGGAGAAGGACAUGCUCCUCGCCGAGGCCUUCAGCCUGAAGCAGCAAAUGGAGGAAAAAGACAUGGACAUUGCGGGAUUCACCCAGAAGGUUGUGUCAUUGGAGGCUGAGCUCCAGGACAUUUCUUCCCAAGAGUCCAAGGAUGAGGCCUCUUUGGCCAAGGUCAAGAAACAGCUCCGAGACCUGGAGGCCAAGGUCAAGGAUCAGGAGGAGGAGCUGGAUGAGCAGGCGGGGACCAUCCAGAUGCUGGAGCAGGCCAAGCUGCGGCUCGAGAUGGAGAUGGAGCGGAUGAGGCAGACCCAUUCCAAGGAGAUGGAGAGUCGGGAUGAGGAGGUGGAGGAGGCCCGGCAGUCAUGUCAGAAAAAGUUAAAGCAAAUGGAAGUACAGCUCGAGGAGGAGUAUGAGGACAAGCAGAAGGUGCUGCGGGAAAAGCGGGAGCUGGAGAACAAGGUGGCCACGCUCAGUGACCAGGUGAACCAGCGAGACUUUGAGUCAGAGAAGCGGCUCCGGAAAGACCUGAAGCGCACCAAGGCCCUGCUGGCAGAUGCUCAGAUCAUGCUGGACCACCUGAAGAACAACGCACCCAGCAAGAGGGAGAUCGCCCAGCUGAAGAACCAGCUGGAGGAGUCAGAGUUCACCUGUGCAGCAGCCGUGAAAGCGCGCAAAGCAAUGGAGGUGGAGAUCGAAGACCUGCACCUGCAGAUUGACGACAUCGCCAAAGCCAAGACGGCGCUGGAGGAGCAGCUGAGCCGCCUUCAGCGUGAGAAGAAUGAGAUCCAGAGCCGGCUGGAGGAGGAUCAGGAGGACAUGAAUGAACUGAUGAAGAAGCACAAGGCAGCCGUGGCUCAGGCCUCCCGGGAUCUGGCUCAGAUGAAUGAUCUCCAAGCUCAGCUAGAAGAAGCCAACAAAGAGAAGCAAGAGCUACAGGAGAAGCUACAAGCCCUCCAGAGCCAAGUGGAGUUCCUGGAGCAGUCCAUGGUGGACAGGUCCCUGGUGAGCAGGCAGGAAGCUAAGAUCCGGGAGCUGGAGACACGCCUGGAGUUCGAAAGGACCCAAGUGAAGCGGCUGGAGAGCCUGGCCGGCCGGCUCAAGGAGAACAUGGAGAAGCUGACUGAGGAACGGGAUCAGCGCACGGCGGCUGAGAACCGGGAGAAGGAGCAGAGCAAGCGGCUACAGCGGCAGCUCCGGGACACCAAGGAGGAGAUGGGCGAGCUUGCCAGGAAGGAGGCCGAGGCGAGCCGCAAGAAGCAUGAACUGGAGCUGGAUCUGGAGAGUCUGGAAGCUGCUAACCAGAGCCUGCAGGCUGAUCUGAAACUGGCGUUCAAGCGCAUCGGGGACCUGCAGGCCGCCAUUGAGGACGAGAUGGAGAGUGAUGAGAACGAGGACCUCAUCAACAGUUUGCAGGACAUGGUGACAAAGUAUCAGAAAAGAAAGAAUAAACCCGAGGGGGACUCAGAUGUGGACUCAGAGCUGGAGGACCGGGUCGACGGGGUCAAGUCAUGGUUGUCCAAAAACAAGGGGCCUUCCAAGGCGGCUUCCGAUGAUGGCAGCUUGAAGAGUUCUAGAGCGGCCCUCAACACCCUGGGGAAGGAGGGCAAGGGGGUGGAGGAGAGGCCGGCCUCCGUGCUGAGCUCCCUGAGCUAUCGGAAGCGGCUCACCCUGAAGGACUCCAUCGGGGGCACCGGGGAUGAGGAUUCGCUCUUCACCACCCUGAGCGAGCGGCCAGCCUCCCCCGAGAGGCCCCCCCGGAAGGCCCGCGGGGGCCCCAGGGAGGAGCUGGGCCUGGGCAGGAAGUCCGAGGAGCCUGAGGAAUGUGGCUCCGUCUUCUCCGGGGUCGGGGGCUGCUCUAGCCGGGGGCUGGAGAAGCCGUGGGGCUCAGACUUUGACCGGGCCUCGGCCGUCUCUGCGGCCGUCAGCCGGGCCUCCUCGGCCACACAGCGUGGCUCCGGCGAGGAUGGGGUCUGCUCCUCCGUGAGCUUCUCGCUGUCGGGCUCCCCCAGUUCCCGCCGCAGCACCUCUAGGCUCGAGAGCCUGUCAAGGACCCUCAGCCCUCCCUUGGGCCGGGCCUCAGCCCUCAGCCGGGAGAGCCCCGAUUCCCACCUGUCCCUGGGCCGGAGCUGCCUGGAUGAUUGGGACGAUGGAGCCAGUGUGGCCUUGAGUGAGGCCCACUCACAGUAUAGCUACCCGUCUCUGGCCCGCAGUCUGUCGGUGCCACCCCAGCCCCGCAUCUCCGCCUCCGCCACGGAUGAGUCUCUCGGCUCCAGUGUCCGCCCCACCAGCCGUCACUCCUACCUAGACCCAGACCUGGAGGCUGCCAUCCAUGAGGUCUUGAGCUACAAGCCCGUCCCGUUGCACCGGAGCAGCCUGGAGCCUGACUCUGAGGAGGAUGACCGGAAGAGCAUCCAAAGUACCCGGAGCGCCCAACUGGACCCCCCGGAGCGAGCCACCAGUAUCCGCCGCUCAGCCUCUGCUGCGGAUGUCUCUCGGUCCCGCAGCAGCCGGAAGAGCCGGAGCAAGAGAAGGAGCGGCUCCAGCUCCAGCUCCGAAGACUCCUCGGAGCCCAGGCGGCGGAAGAAGGGGAGCUCUCGAAAAAGCAAGAAGAAGUCCAGAUCGAGAAGGAAGAGAACAGAGACGGAGUCUGAGUCCUCCUCGUCGACAUCCAGUGGCUCCACUGUCUCAGGACACAGCCGCUCGAGCGUGAAGAAGGGCCCAGCUGCGGAGGACAAGGAGGCUGGGCAGGCGCGCCGACAGUCUCGGAAGGAGGAGAAGAAGCGCAAGAAAGAGGUGGACAGCCUGAUGAUGCGGUACCUGUACCGCCCCGAGAGCGACUAGUGCACCCCACCAGCUACUGGAAGUCCCUUGCCCCUGACCGGUCAGAUGAUGAGCACGACCCUGUCGACAGCACCUCCAGGCCCCGAUACUCCCACAACUAUCUGAGUGACAGCGAC